GUGUAGUGUAGUGUAGUGUAGUGUAGUGUAGUGUAGUGUAGUGUAGUGUAGUGUAGUGUAGUGUAGUGUAGUGUAGUGUAGUGUAGUGUAGUGUAGUGUAGUGUAGUGUAGUGUAGUGUAGUGUAGUGUACUUUCUCCAUCUAGUAACAAUAUUACAAAGGAAGUUUGGGCUCCCAAACAGGGCAAGAAACUUACAAGGGAAGAAAAAGGAAAAGAUAAGGUUUCAGACAUAAUUUCUAAUAAGCAAUCUACUUCUAAGGUUGUUUUAGAGGAGAUUCUCUCAGAAGAGGAAGAGGAGAUUUUCUUGGAUCCUGUAGAGCAACCUGCACAAGAAGUCAAGAACCAUAUUAGAGAGCUGCUUCAAUCAGAGAUCCCAGGUGUUAUACAAUCAGAUCCUAAGGCUUUACAAGGGAUUAAAGAUGAUUUUGCUAUCAAGGAGAUGGUCAAAGCAAUAGGGUGGAUAUACCAUUGGUGCAAAGGGACUACUGGUCUGAUGGGGAACAGGAGAAAGCUGUUAACCCUAGUUCUUUCAUGGACUCCUGGUCAGACAUCUGUGAAAAAAUUGAUGCUAUUGUUAAGCAAAAAGAUAAAGUUAAUGAAAACAAGCAGACAGAUAUUUCAGAAAACCAGCCUUCAUAUGAGCAUACCAAGGAGGCUGCUCAUUCUUGUAAUUCAGAUGGUCACAGUUCCUCCUACACCUCAAAUGAAAUUGAGGAGGAAGGUUUCUCCAAAGUAAAUAAGAAGACAGGCAGAAAGAAGACAUCAGAAGAUGUUCAGACUAAAAGAAAUACAAGAAGUGUGGCUAAGGGGCAGGCUGCCCUCCCGGGGGCUCAAUGAAUCUCCUACUUUGGAAUACUAGGGGCCUGGAAUCCUCCAGUUCCAUGCUUCGUUCCCUAGUUAAUCAAUGGAUAAUUAAUAUGCUUAUCAUUAUUGAACCAACGGUGGAUAUAUCUAAAGUUGAUUUAUACAAGAAAAACUUUGGUUUUGAUGUUGCAGCUUAUUCAGAUAUUAAUAAAGUCUGGCUUUUUGGGACUCAGGCAUGAUCACUCUUACUGACUUUACCUGGCAUACUCAAUUUACUCACUGCAAAAUUCAGAGCAAUAUUUUUUCAGGCUGGAUAACAGGAGUUUAUGGGAAACAUAGUUAUAUUGUUAGAAGAAAUCUUUGGGAGUCACUUUCUAAUCUCUCUGCCAAUAUUAAUGAGCCAUGGGUUAUGGGAGGGGAUUUUAAUGAGGUUUCUAAAUACAGUGAACAUCAAGUAUCCUCUUUUUUUUGGAUAAAAUGUAAGUAUAUAUAUCCAGAAAAAUAGCAUAUUACAAUGCAUCAAAAAGACCUAUCUAAGCUAGCAUGCUAACCUAAAAUAGUAUCUACCGUAUCUGCCCCCCCCCCCCCCCCCACUUUGCGGUAGGGGUAGGGAGAGAGAGAUUUUUUAAGUCCAAAACAUCACAAAACAGUCCAAGAAUGGCACGGGACAGACCCCGGCUCACUCAUCAAAAGUCAAAAAGACAUCAAUUAACCAAGCUAGACAGACCCAAAAGUGUCAGCCCAGUAACGAGUCAAUCCCUUUCGUAAGCCAGCAAAGAGUAAUCAAACCAGACCCAAAAGGCCAUCAAAAACAGGCCCAGGUUUGGACCCCUAAAAGCCCAUCGCCUGGGCUGUGAUCAGAACCAGCGAAGGAGCCCUCCGCAUGCAGUCUCAGCGGUUUCUUCCAAAGCUCUUCUCUCCAUUCCAGGGCCCAAAUCUCCUAGCAGUCCAGCGGCCCAUCAAGGAUUAGGGCAGCAGCCCGUCCUCUAUCGCUUCAGAAGAUCCUCAGCAGGCUGGGCGCCAAAUCCAAUUGCGCCGCACCAGUAUGUCGUACACGUCAGUCAACAGACUGACCAGUCAGAACGGUCAAACAGCCCCCCCCCCCCCGAACCCCCCCACCUGGUACCGUCGCCUACUAGGCUUUCCGGCAGCCGGAGAACGGAGGCAAAACCAAAUUACCCAGACGGAGACGUAACAAAGCCAAACACGGUAAUCCCCCCUCCACCCUCCACCCCCGUUUGACUCCGGCGACCCCAAAGUACCCUCUUUACAUGUUCUCAGGGGGGUCAAUGACUUCACAGAUUGCAUUGCUUCUUGUGGAAUGGUGGAUCUUCCAUAUGAUGGUACAAAGUACACUUGGACAUGUAACAAAUCAAAUGGUAGAGUUUGGAGGAGGUUAGAUAGGGUUCUUUUCAAUAAUCAGUUACGUUCUUGGCCAGAUUUGAUUCUAUUAGAAUUUCUAUAUUGAACAAGACUCCCUCUGACCACAACCCUAUUCUCAUUCAAUGCUCUAAUCAAAGUAUCACUUGACCUAAAUCUUUUAGGUUCCAGAACAUGUGGUUUAAACAUCCCUCAUUUAUGGACUUUGUGGCUGACAAGUGGAAUUCUGUGAAGACAGAAGGUGGGAUGAGGGGACUAGUUACUAAACUGCAAUAUCUUAAAAAGGAGCUUAGAAGCUGGAGUAAGGAGGUUUUUGGUAACAUUUUUUAAGACAUCAAAAAAUGUGAAGAUGAGGUUAUACUGGCAGAAAAGGAGUUUGAGGAGUGUCCUUCCGAUUCAUCUAGAGCCAAUUGGUCCCAUAAAAGAAGCCUUUUAAUCCAAAAAUACAACUUGGAGAAAAAAUUUUGGAAACAAAAGGCUCAUCUCAAAUGGCUCAAAGAAAGAGACAAUAACACUCAUUUUUAUCACUCAUAUGUUCAAAUAAGAAAGAGGAAACAAGCUAUUACCUCAAUUAAGAAUCAGGAUGGAGAAGUGGUUUCUUCCAUUCCUCUUAUUGGGGAGGUUGCUGUUAACUUCUUCUCAGAUUUAUAUUCUGCAAAACAUACAAACAUUAGCCAUGAAUUAAUGCAUCAUAUUCCUCAAAUUAUAGAUCAGGCAGAUAACAAUAUGCUUAUCAAUCUUCCUACUGCAGAGGAGGUCAAACAAGCUGUGUGGGAUCUUGAUCCUAAUAGUGCUCCGGGGCCUGAUGGUUACCAUGGUAAGUAUUACAGAAAGUGCUAGACAAUAGUUGGGAUGGAUGUGACAAGGGCUGUUCAAGAUUUCUUCAUGGGUCAUCACAUUCCUAAGGGUGUUUCUAACACUCUAAUUGUUCUUAUCCCCAAAAAUGAUAACCCCUCAUCAUAUAGUGAAUUUAGACCUAUCUGCUUAUCUACCUUCAUCAGUAAAAUCUGCACUAAGGUGAUGGUAACAAGACUGAAAUCAGUGCUUCCUAAAAUCAUUUCAAAGCAACAUGCUGGUUUUAUGGCUAAUAGAGAUAUUGCAGAUCAGGUACUCAUAGCUCAAGAACUGAUGCAUAAUAUAGAUAAGAAAGUUAGAGGGUCUAACUUUGUGGUCAAGCUAGAUAUGUCAAAGACUUUUGACAAGGUAUCUUGGCACUUCCUUUCUCUCAUGCUCCUUAAAUUUGGUUUUUGCCAUCAGUUUGUUCAAUUAAUUAUGAAUCACCUACAAGCAACCUUUCUGUCAGUGUUGGUCAAUGGUUCUCCUCAAGGUUUCUUUAAGCCUUUUAGAGGAGUGAAACAAGGAGAUCCUUUGUCUCCUUUUCUUUUUAUCAUUGCUUCAGAGGCUUUUAGCAGAGGUCUUCACUGGAUGAUGCAAGAAGGCAGAAUCCAGCCUUUUUGGAUGGGUGGUAAUGGUAUUACUAUAUCUCACUUGGGAUUUGCAUAUGAUUUGCUUGUUUUUCUUAAUGGAGAGUCCAGGUCUUUGCUUAAUUUUAAAGCCUUUCUCAGCUCAUAUGAGGGUGCUUCUGAUCAGGAAAUUAAUUUGGAUAAAAGCUCUAUCUUGCGUGGUAAAGCUGCUUCUUAUAGGAAGGCAAGGAUCAAGAAUUUAUUAGGGAUGAAGUUGACUGAUCUCCCUGUUAAAUAUCUUGGAGUCAAUCUUCAUAAAAGAAUUAAUAGAUUUCAAUUUUGUGGCAAUCUUAUAAAACAGUUUGAAAAUAAGCUCACCCCUUGGAAACAAAAAAACUUGACCCAUGGGGGUAGGCUUAUUCUCAUUAAACAUGUUUUAAGUUCUCUCCCACUUCAUAUUUUGGCUGUGGACUUGCUGCCUAAAAAGGUAAUCAAUGUACUCAACAGGAAGUUGGCCUCUUUUUUCUUGGGAUCCAAUAAUGACAGGAAAAAAGCACAUUGGAUUACUUGGGCUAAACUAUGCUAUCCUACUGUGGAGGGAGGCUUGGGGAUCAGGUCUUUGACGGAUUUAGAGAAGGCCUUCAUUCUAAAAUUGUGGUGGAAAUGGAAAACAGGAGAUUCACUCUGGGCUAGAUUCAUUCAAGCAAGAUAUAACAGAAAUGAGAACAUGAUACCAAAAGUGGCAGAUUCUCCAGUUUGGAGAAGGAUUUGUUGUGUACAUGAAAUGGCUUCCUCAUUAAUUUCUACAGAUGCAGGUGGUAUUGUUACCUGGAAUGAAGAAGAAAAUGGUCAAUUCACAUUCAAAUCAGCUUUUGAAGAAGUCAGAGAUCUUUCUUUUAGCUCAAUCAUUUAUCAACAGAUAUGGGAUUCUCAACUUGAGCUCAAAAUGAAGAUUUUUCAGUGGAAAAUUGUAAAAGGGAUAGUCCCAAUUAUUGACAAGUUACAGAGAUUUAAUAAAAUUCUCAGUCCCUCAAUGUGCCCUAUGUGAAGAUGCC